AAACUCACCAUGGCCAGCCCGGCGGAACAGCAGAUCCAUAGAGAUCCUGCUCUGUUCUACUGGAUUCUCCUACCCAUCACAGUGGUCAUGAUCCUGACCGGCAUCCUCCGUCACUACCUUUCUACACUCCUCCAAACGAUCCCCAAGAAGCAGCCUAUCGGAAAGACACGGCAACAACGAUCUCUCGCACACGCGCAAACCCUCCGCGUAAACUACCAACAGAUCUCCAAAUCCGCGUUCGAGAGGAGGAAAGAGGUGUUCAUCGAGGGAGUCAAGGAUGGAAGAUAUCUUGCAGAUCAGGAGAACCGAGGUCAGCCUCCCGCGAAUCCAAUGACAGAUCCGGCGAUGAUGGAGGGCAUGAUGGGCAUGAUGAAGGGCAAUGUUGCGAUGAUGGUGCCGCAGAGUUUGAUCAUGGGCUGGAUCAAUGCGUUCUUCUCGGGAUAUGUGAUUAUGAAACUGCCAUUCCCCCUUACGCCGCAGUUCAAGCAAAUGCUGCAAGCUGGUGUCGGAACCCGAGAUCUGGACGUGCGAUGGGUAUCAAGUUUGAGCUGGUACUUCUUGACGCUGUUCGGUCUGCAACCAGUAUACAACUUCAUUCUGGGUAGCAACAACGCUGCCGCCCAGGUUACUCAACAGAUGGCCCAACAGCAGAUGGUAACGAACCCGAUGGGUGGCCAAGAAGACCCCGAGAAGCCUUUCAAGGCUGAGAUUGAGAACUUGGAGGUGCUUGAGCACAGAUAUAUUCUGGAGGGGAUAGAGGAUCGACUGAUCGCCAAGUUUGGCGCGUCGGUAUAGAACCAUGCUUGUACAGACUAUGUAGCUUAACGAGGGCUCUGCGAUGG